AUGCGGUCUCUUCUGCUGGUCGUCGGUUUGGCGGCGGUUGCGUUUGCGGCUGAAAAAGAAGUAGCGCCAAUCAAGCCACUGCUCCAGUACUUCACCUCUACACCAUCACCUACAACUUUCAACCCGUACAAGUACUACACUGCUAAGUACCAACCAGCAAAGGUUGAAAGUGCAGGUCGCUAUAAUCCCGGUAAAUACGACCCCGGUAAAUAUGACCCUGGUCGUUACGACCCAGGCCGUUAUGACCCAGGUCGUUACAACCCCGGGAAGUACGACUCUUCUGGACGUUACAUCCCUGACAAAUCUGGCCAAUAUAAUGGUGACAAAGGAGACCGUGGGGGUGCCGGGGGUUUCUAUACCGGCUCAUUUGAUAAAGGUGGUCCUGGUGGCUUCUAUGAAGGUGGUUCGGGUCCCGGUGGUCCCGGUGGUCCCGGUGGUCCCGGUAGUCCCGGUAGCCCAGGUGGCUCAUUCAACAAUCAAAAUGGACAAAAUGGUGCUGCUUUUGGAGAAGUAAGUACUGUUGUGCCGGUAAGCUCUGUGGAGCCUGUGAGUGUUGCUGAAAUCGCAAGCGUUGUUGAGCCAGUAAGCACUGUACCGACUUCCACCGCGGCCCCAAUUGCUAUUACCUCAGCCCCAAGUACUGCCGCACCUAUUAUCUUCACCUCUCCACCAGUAUACGUAAAACCAUCAUCUGCUCCAUUCAUACCACCGGUAGCAAAAGUUAUCCCUGGAAAUUAUGAUUACAAAUUCGGGCUUAUCCGCUAUGAAAACGACUUCGCACACCUAGAAGGCUACCACUACCUUUACGAAACUGAAAACAAAAUUCUUGCUGAAGAAGAAGGACAUAUAGAAAAGAUUGAUAAUGAAAGAAGUGGUAUGAGGGCUAAGGGAUUCUAUCAAUUUGUCGCUCCCAACGGAGUUACCUACAGGGUGGAUUACACAGCCGACGAACGUGGUUUUAUACCUAAAAGGACUCACGUGCCG